GAAAUGGAAAAGUUGGGUAUUCCAGUAAUGAUUUUGUUGGUAGCCAUUGCCAUGCAAAUGGUGGAUUGCGUGGAAGAGGGUGCCAAGGAAGUGGAAGAAUGGUUCGACAAGCUUCCGUAUGCGAAACAAAAGGUAACCAAGCUCCAUUUCUUCUUCCACGACAGAUUUGCAGGAAAGCACAACAUAACUGCAGUCCGGGUCGCCCAUGGACCCGGCACUGAUAAAUCCCCGACAUCAUUUGGUCUUGUUUUCGUCAUGGAUGACCCGUUAACAGAAGGGAUGAAACCGACAACCAAAGAGUUGGGUCGGGCUCAAGGACUAUACGCGUUUUCCGGGAGAGACGAACUGAGCUUGUUGAUGUCAUUUAACUUGGUGUUUACGACCGGUGAGUUCAACGGUAGCACUCUUACCAUUCUGGGGAGGAACCCGGCGGUCCCCCACCGUGAGAUGCCGAUCGUGGGUGGGUCAGGCGUUUUCCGAUUGGCGUGUGGGGUGGCGUCGGCCCAGUUGCGGUCAUUCAAUAUGACCACCGGUAAUGCUCUCAUCGAAUACAACGUUGUAGUAAUCCAUUAUUAAGUGAAUGCCCACAUGCAUUU